AUGGAAAAGAAUCUAGCCCGCCUUGGCAAGCAAGAUAUGCCACUGCCCCUUGUUGUCUUUGUCGUGCUUCUAGUCACUCUCUAUCUUCAUUCUCGUUGGCAUAGACAGAAGUUCCCUCCCGGACCCAAAGGCCUGCCAAUCCUUGGUGUUGCGAAAGAGCACCCAAAGACAGAGUUCUGGAAAACUUACGCAGAAUGGGGGACAAAGCACGGGAACAUUGGCUUCAUAUCGUUCCAUGUUCUAGGACGGCGAAUAGUUGUGAUCAACUUUGCUGCGGUGGCCGAGGACCUGCUAGGAAAGAGGUCGGCGGUGUACUCGGAUAGGCCGUUCCCGACGAUGGGUGGCGAGCUCAUGAAACGAGAGAAGAGCAUCUUUCAUAUCUCGUUCAACGAGAGGUUCAAGACAUACCGGAAAUACAUGCAUUCGUCCUUCAACCCGACCGCCACUCGGUCAUAUUGGCCCGUCCUGCAGAAGGAGGCGCGCAUCAUGGUCGCGAACAUCUCCCAGAUACCUCAGAAUCUGGUCAAGCAUCUCCGCAGAAACGCUGCAGCUACGACCAUGAAGAUUGCCUAUGGGUACACAGUUAAUGAGGGAAAAGAUCAUUUUAUUGACAUGGCGGAAGAAAGUGCGAGGGUUGCCUCGCUAGCCUUGGCUCCUGGGAAGUGGCUCGUCGAUUCUAUCCCUGCUCUCAAGUACCUUCCGGAUUGGUUCCCUGGAGCUAGUUUCAAGAGGCAGGCGAAGGCUUGGAGUGAACAGAUGUACAUACAUUUACUAGAGCCCCAUGAGUGGGUCAAGUCCCAAAUGGCUUCCGGAACAGCAGAACCUUCGUUUACUUCACAUCUCCUCGAAUCAAGGGAUCCACGAGUCUCAGAAGCUGAACAUGACGAGGUUGUGUUAUUCACAGGAGGGGCCAUCUAUGCAGCCGGUGCCGACACAACCGUCGCUGCCGUCAAGGCCUUCUACUUCCUCAUGAUGCUCUACCCGGAAAUCCAGAAACGUGCCCAAGCAGAGGUCGAUUCAAUUAUCGCAAAAGAACAACGACUGCCCACAUUACAAGACCGGCCCUCGAUGCUUUACAUCGACGCCCUCAUGCAGGAAGUCUUCCGCUGGACACCUUCGAGCCCAAUAGGCCUCUUCCACUGCACCGCUGCCGACGACGACUACAAUGGCUACUUUAUCCCAGCAAAGACGACCAUCAUCGCGAACAUCUGGGCGAUGAUGCACGACGCCGAGCAGUACCCAGAUCCAUUCACCUUCAAUCCCGAACGCUUUCUCAAGAAGGACGGUAACGGUACGGUGCAGCCUGACCCUCGCGAGCUCGUGUUUGGCUUCGGGCGGCGUGUGUGUCCGGGGCAGCACGUCGCUGAGGCGUCUAUCUUUAUGCAGAUGGUGACCACGCUGGCGGUGCUCGAUAUCUCUAAGCCCGCAAGCAUCUUCUUUUCUUCCUUUUUGUCCGCUGCUCAUGUCAAACCCUUCCAAUGCUCUAUCAAGACGCGCUCGCAAGACGCACUCACGCUCCUCAUGCAAGACAUCGCGGCCGAUGUUUAA